AUGAUGGUGCAGCCACCUCACAGCAACGGAACCAAGGAGGGAAUGAACUAUAUGGGUAGUGUGGAGCUGGAGGGAGAAGAGGCGUAUGGCCAUGAGGAUGGCUAUCUCGUGGACAAAGGCUUUGUGCAAGGAGCGGGUGCACCUCGCCGUUGUUGCAAACAAAGAUCCCGGCUGCGCGUGGCUAAGAGGGUCGGCGCGAUCGGCUGUAUUGGCCUUCUUGCCUACGCUUUCCUCCAGAGCUUCUAUGGUACACCCGACGUCGCCAAUGGCACACCUAGCGGAUCCCCAGAGUCGUCCCAAGCCAUCUGCCAGACCCCCGAGUGCGUUCACGCGGCCUCGGAGAUUCUAUACAGCCUUGACCCGAAUUAUAAGGACAUUGAUCCCUGCACAAACUUUGAUCAGUAUGUCUGUGGAGGUUGGCGGGAACGCCAUGACAUGCGCGCCGAUCAGGGCUCAAUCUUCGCCGGAACGAUCAUGGUUGAAAACUCUCAGACGAGACUCCGCCAUAUCCUGGAGCGCUCAGAUGCCCCUGCGAAAGAAGAUGCCGAGAAUUUCGGCAAGUUGAAGGCUGGAUACGAGGCCUGCUUGAACGAGUCCGCAAUCAGAGACCGCGGCAUCAAGCCUCUGACUAACCUGCUAGGCAAACUGCAAGAUGUGUAUUCAGUGGGAAAGACUGAUUACCCGACAUCUCAUGCCGAAUUGACUGAUGCCAUCAUUUUCCUCAUGAAAUCCGGUGCCGAGGCCUUCGUCUCCCCUGGGGUUUCUCCUGAUGAUCGUGACCCUGAUAAUGUGACGAUCUUUGUGUCACCGCCCCGACGGAUUGGUCUUCCUGCCAGGGAAUACUACAACAACACGGAAACGGUAGCUGACUACACCGAUGCUCUGAAACUCGUUCUCAAAAACUUCGGCGGCAACAACAAGAUCGCCAAGGAGAUUGUCGCCCUUGAGAAACAGCUUGCCGACAUCACACCAGACACUGCCGCACAAGAAGACAUCACCAAGUAUUACAACCCCCGUAGCAUUAAGGAGACGGAGGCUAUGCUUCCUGAGAUCUCUUUUCAGAGCAUCAUCAAGAAUUUUGCUCCUCGUGACUUCAAGACUGACCGCUUGAUUGUCGGUUCUCCAUCAUAUAUGAAGAAGUUGUCUGCGAUUCUGCACGACACUUCGCGCGAGACCGUCUCAUUCUUCCUGCAGUGGAAGCUCAUUCAAACGUACUCGGACUCUAUCGAAGAUGAAGCGAUUGCCCCUCUUCGGCGCUUCAACAAUAAAUUGGCCGGAAAGGACCCUCAGGCGACUGAGGAAAGAUGGCGCAAGUGCAUCGACCAUUUAGAUUCUUCUCUCGGAUGGAGCAUCAGUCGAUUCUACGUUCUCGACUCUUUCUCGGAAGAGUCGAAGCAACUGGGGGACCAGAUCAUAACCGAUAUCAAGGAGAGAUUUUCCUUUACGCUGACGCAAACUCCAUGGAUGUCACCCGAUGUGCGAAAGCUGGGCAUCGAGAAAGUGCAGAACAUUGUGCAGAAGAUCGGAUACCCAACCAAAAGCCCGAAUGUCUUAGAUGCGGGUGAUGUUGAGAAGUACUACGAAUCAUUGAAGAUCUCUCGCGACAACCUCUUUGAGAAUGAACUUGCCGUGGCACAAUUUGAUCUCGAGAGAGAGUGGUCCAAAUUGGGCAAACCCACCGAUCGAGACGAAUGGGAUAUGAGUGCGCCCACGGUCAAUGCCUACUACAACCCUCCCGGAAAUGAGAUUGUGUUCCCAGCUGGCAUCAUGCAACCGCCAGUGUUCUUUGGCCCGGAUGCGCCGUUGUACCUCGCAUACGGAGCGUUCGGCGCUGUUAGUGGCCAUGAGCUUUCCCACGCUUUCGACUCAACUGGUCGACACUACGACGAAACAGGCAACUAUACCAACUGGUGGGACGAUGAGACCGUCAAGGCCUUCGAGGACCGCGCCCAAUGCUUUGUGGACCAAUAUUCGGCUUUCACAGUCGAAGGUCCUGGAGACAAGGUGCUCCAUGUCAAUGGUCGAUUGACCCUGGGUGAGAACAUUGCCGAUGCUGGUGGUCUCACGGCCGCCUACCAUGCUUGGAAGAAGCGCGACAGCUCGAAACCCGAUCCUGCUCUGCCGGGGUUAGACGGCUUCAGCAAGGAGCAGCUGUUCUUCAUUUCUUAUAGCAACUGGUGGUGUGGUAAAACCACCAAACAGGCGGCUGAACAGGCAAUCUAUAACGACCCCCACGCGCCCAAAUCGGCACGCAUUAUUGAAACCAUGGCAAAUUCAAGGGAAUUCAAGGACGCUUUCAGCUGCCCUGACAAGAAGCCCGUCUGCAAGAUUUGGUAG